CUACUCACGAAAUAGGUCUCGUUCUAGCAAAAUGUGUUUGUGUUUUGAUGGACCAUAUUCGUAAUGUUCAAGGCGUUGCAUGGGAUCCACUUGGUGAAUAUAUUGUUACUCAGAGCAACGAUCGAAAUGUUCAUAUAUACUCGUAUAAUAUCCAUUUAAAUGGCACUUUUGAAACGACUCAUAUUAGCAAAAACUUUAAAGUUGAAAUUCCAAGCAAGAAAAGUCCAAAAUCGACUGUAAAAGAAGAUAUUUUCAAAGCGUGUGAUGAUUUAAACAAACAGAGCAUUAAUGAUAAUCAUACUACAGUUUUCACAUCUGAAAAGCAGCCUACAACAAACUCUGAAUCAAAGAUUGCAGAAAAUGAUAUUUUAGAUAGUGCUAAUUCCAUAUUAAAUGUUUCGGUGUAUCCGGAAAGCGUAAAAACUGAACCUUCGCAGGUGCCAAUAACACUAUCAACACAAAAACAAUAUAAAAAGAACUUUCGACUAUAUUGUGAUGAGAUGAUAAAUACAUUUUUUAGGCGAUUAGAAUUUACACCAGAUGGUGGAUUAUUACUUACGCCGGCUGGACAAUAUCGUAAUUCUAUUAUCGACAUAAUAAAUAAUAAAAGUGAUAAAGAUGAAAUUAAUUAUAAAGCCGAUUUAACAAUUCUAAACACCGUUUAUUUAUAUGCUAGAAAUGGGUUAAACAAACCGAUCGCCUUUCUACCAGGAUAUAAGAAACCGUCUGUUGUCGUAAAAUGCAAUCAUUUAUUUUAUAAUUUACGUUUUCCUCGUAAAAAUCCUCAAGCACAAAUUGAUACCAUGCCACUGAAAAUGAGCUCAGAAAGCUUUAUUGCCGACAAUUCUUUUAGUGACAAAUUGUCUGGUGAUCACUCAAAGCCUUUAUUUGACUUACCAUAUCGCAUAAUUUAUGCUGUGGCGACUCAAGAUACUGUGUUUAUAUAUGACACAGAACAGAGUGCUCCAUUGGCUAUAGCGACAAAUUUGCAUUUUGCAACAUUUUCUGAUAUGUCUUGGUCGCCAGACGGAAAUUCACUCAUGUUAGCAUCACAUGAUGGAUAUUGUUCCGUUAUAACGUUUCGGGAAAGAGAGUUAGGUGAACAUUAUACUGAUUAUGUGCCAAUGUGUAGGGACGACAAAUCCAUUGUAAAUUUAUCACAAGUUGAUUCAGUAGACGUGACUUUGACCAGCUCAAAUGUUCAUUCUGACCACUGUGAUAAUAAUCAUAUGCAAUCAAUUCAAAAUACUAUUUCUGAAACAGUAAUGGAUCCAAUGGAUGCAAGAUCAUUGCAACAGAAAUCUGAUGAUAUUAUCGCUCACAAUCAACACGUACAGAAAAAAAGGAGGAUUGCCCCUAAACUUAUUCAGCAAAUAUGA